UGUCAAAUUUGUCAUCUGUCAGUGUUAUUGUAAUAGAAGUGGCUGUUUACGAAAUGCAAUAAACAUUUUUCUCCACAAUCUCGUGAUUCUCGGCUACUCUAACAUACUUCUCCGUUUUAACCCAGCGCUAGUACCCCAAUCUCCACAAUGGCAGCGGCGCCAAGCGACUGGCAGCUCGGCUGCACGGAGAUGAAGCAGCGCGGCGCGUACCUGCUGCAGUCUGGUCAGUGGUCGGACUGCACGUUCCUGGUGGGCUCCGAGCCGCACCAGGUCGCCGUCACCGGGCACAAGAUGAUCCUCGCCAUGGCCUCGCCCGUGUUCGAAGCCAUGUUCUUCGGCGGAAUGGCCGAGAGGAAUGAGCCCAUACAGAUCUUGGAUGUGCAGCCUGAUGCCUUCAAGGCGCUGCUAGAAUACAUUUACACAGACAACAUAAACAUAAGUUCAUUUGACAAAGCAUGUGAACUAUGUUACGGGGCUAAGAAGUACAUGCUUCCACACCUGGUGAAGGAGUGCACCCGGUAUCUCUGGUCAGAUCUGUACCCGAGGAAUGCUUGCAGAGCUUACGAGUUUGCAAGGCUCUUUGAGGAGAAUGUACUCAUGGAUAAAUGCAUACAGAUAAUAAGCAUGAACACAAAAGAUGUCCUGAACGACAGCAGCUUCGAGGAGGCGGAGUUGAACACUGUCAUCACAGUGUUCUCACUUGACCAUCUCAAUGUGGAUAGUGAGCUGGACCUGUUUGAGGCCGCUGUACGCUACUCUAAGGCUCAGGACAAGAGGACCGGAGAGCGGAGCGUCAGCCCUGCCGUUGAUGCCAAGAAGAGAAAGAGCCCUGAACCGUCUACUUCUAAGGAUAAAGUGAUAGUGACGGUGGACAGCAGCGCGGAGAACAGUCCGGAGGGGGAGGCGGCGGCGGAGGGGGCGGGGGAGGCGGCGGGGGAGGGCGGCGAGGAGCGGCCCGCGCCCAGCCCCGCGCGCAGCCCGGUAGAGGUCAAGGUUAAAGAACAAACGAAGCCCACCAUCCGCAACGCGAUCGAGAAGAUCCGCUUCCUGACGCUGACGCCGCAGCAGUUCGCGGAAGGUCCAGCCCGCUCGUCUCUACUCACUGAAUCUGAAGCAUUCGCAGUGCUGAUGAACAUACUGUCGAGCAGGUCGGACGUGGCCAUGCCGCGAGGUUUCUCCACGUGCCGUGUGCCCAGGAAGCAGCUGAUUGGUGGAGACGUUGCUAGUACGGCGACAUUCACAGUGGACACGCCCUCCCCCGUGAUGGUGGAGGCGACGGGGGCCCGCGCGCCCGCCUACUGCCUGCACCUGAUGUCCGGCCCAGAGCGACACAGUUCCGACUUCAGCAAACUCUACUGCCAGCGCCCCAUCAUCCAGCAUACGGACUGCCUCAACACGAGCCUUCUAGACUGUAGUGUGACCUUCAUGGUCGACAAGAACAUCUGCCUCCUGGGGGUGCAGGUGCCAACGCAAGCGCCGAGCGAAGAGACGGCCCAGCCCAGCUCCGCCUCGGGCUACUCGGAGCUGCUCUACGCACACCUACUGGACGCGGACGGGGCGCGGCUCACGUACACGCAUUACACGAGUCGCGUGCCGUACCGCCAUCUACUGGAUAUUGUGUUCAACAGGCCUAUAUAUAUACAGAGGAACAAGGUGUACAAAGUGGGCAUAGUGUUCAACAAGGUGGGCUGGUACCCGAUGGGCACGUGCGCGCAGCAGGUGUCGGCUGAGAGCGUGUUCUUCACAUUCUGCAUCGGACAGAGCAGCGACUCUGUAAGGGAUGGGCUCAUUAGGUCCAUUAUCUUCACGUAUUGAUCUGUGCAAGAAGUGUCGGUAGGGAACGGUAGAUGGCGCCACUUGUAGGCUGCUUAGUGUAUGAGGUUGAUGAUGGAUGAAGAGGUGUUUAUUUGACAGCCGUUUGGACAGUCCAACUUCGAGAGGUAAUUAGAAAGAUCUCUUUUAUUUGUCUACUUGCAUAAUGUAAAAUAUGUUAUUUGGUUGAUAAGUGCCAUUUUUGAAAAUGAAAUAAGUAGUUUAUUUGCAAUACAUGUAAUAUAAAUGUGGCAAUUUAGUACAGACAGAAUGGGCAACCAUGAUAAAAUUUAUAAUAUUAACAAUAACACCAAUUUAUAAUAUAAAAUGUACUUGAGUGAGAGAGUUUCUAACAGAAUAUACCUAAUUAUCGUUAAAGAUUGUAUUAACCUGCAGCCAAACAUAUGGAACGUUUCAUUAGUUUGUCUUCUCCUGUAUGGUAGCUCAGCUUUAUCUACAGGGUGUUAAAAAUAGUAUAGUAGGCCAAAUGUGUCACAGACUCACAGUAUGUUCCUUCGACUUAUUAUACUAAUUUUAUAACACCCUGUUUACGUGUUAACUAGUGAGAAUGUGCUAUUUAUUUAAAGUUGUAGAAUGUAUGUUGUAGUAUGAGGACUGUUGGAAUGGUUAUUCUUAUUAUAAGAAAAUCCUAUGUCAUCAUUUUUUGUACUCCUUAUCAAAUGUGUUAUAGUCAAAAGUAUUCUCAUACAGUGGGUGUUUAAUAGGUACGUUUACAUAUUUGAACUAAGUAAACACAUUUACUAAACGUAUUUCUCACGUACCUAGUUAGAUAAGUACAUAUUUUGAAUUUAUGAAUAAAUAUUUUCUAUUUUA